AGAGGUUUUUAAGAAGAAUCUGAUGGUGAGAAUAGCUUAAGAAGACUCAGGAUGACGACAACAGUAGCGACAGAUUAUGACAAUAUUGAAAUCCAACAGCAGUACAGCGAUGUCAACAACCGCUGGGAUGUCGAUGACUGGGACAAUGAAAAUAGUUCUGCUCGACUGUUUGAACGAUCCCGCAUCAAGGCCCUGGCUGAUGAACGUGAGGCAGUUCAGAAGAAGACUUUCACAAAGUGGGUUAAUUCCCACUUGGCACGCGUGUCAUGCAGAAUUACAGACCUGUACACUGACCUUCGCGAUGGAAGGAUGCUCAUCAAACUUCUGGAGGUUCUUUCAGGAGAGAGACUUCCUAAACCAACUAAGGGAAGGAUGCGCAUCCAUUGCCUGGAAAAUGUUGAUAAAGCCCUCCAGUUCCUGAAAGAGCAAAGAGUGCACCUAGAAAACAUGGGAUCCCACGAUAUUGUGGAUGGGAAUCACAGGCUGACCCUUGGCCUUAUUUGGACUAUUAUCCUGAGAUUCCAGGUAAAGAU